CAACAUAAUUGAAAAAAGAGUGGAAUUUUUAAAAAAAUUAAAAAGAAUAUAAAAUUGCAACAAAAAUGUGAAAUAAAAUAACAAAAAUCUAAAAUUGAAAACAAAAUUUGAAAAAAGUAUAAAAACAUGUUGUUUACUACAAAACACCUAAUAAAAAACCAAUCAACCUAAAAAAAGUGAAAAAAACUUUAAACCAAAAAAAAAACUAAACUACUUAUGAAAACUAUUUAAACUAAAAAAUCAAACUCCCGCCUCUCCUUAAACCCCCUCCAAAAAAAAAAAAAAAAAAGAAAAGCAAAAUUUUGCUAAAAUGCUCAAAUUUAUGAAAAUGCAUUUGAGACAACUACAACAACAACAGCAUUUUGCAUUUCAUCAUUUAUGGAGUUAUUUGUUUAUACUGCUUUUUCUGCAAUUUGGAUACUAUACAGUUAAAGCCACAAAUUUAGCUCAAGUAGCCGCUUUGGCCACUGCCACAUCCGUUCAACAACAGUUGGCCGCCACCACACAGCCAGCCUCUACGAAUCAAUGUUCCUGGCAAUACAAUGGUACCACAUCAGUUAAAUGUAAUUUACGUUUGAUCGAACGUUCGUUGGCAUUGGAUUUACAAGGUGCUGAUGGUUUUAGCCAGCUGGAGAUAAAAUGCAGUGAUUUGUAUUUAUUUGAAUCACAACUGCCACAAGCGGCCUUUGCUCGCCUGCAGACAUUGGAUGAAUUGAAACUGGUUUCUUGUAAACUAUUGCAAUUGCCCAAUAAUGCUUUUGAGGGUCUGAAUACGGUCAAGACAUUAAGCAUAAAUACCCACAAUUCAGAAUGGGGUCCUAGCAAAACUUUGGAAUUAUUUCCCGAUUCUUUAAAUGGCCUAAAGCAGCUAACGGAGCUAGAAUUGGCGGAUAAUAAUUUGAGAGCCUUACCCUUGGGCUUCUUAUGUCCAGUGGGUAAUUUACAAAUAUUGAAUUUGACCCAUAACCGCUUUAGAGCUGCUGAAAAUUUGGGUUUUGCUGAUAUGAAUUGUAAUGGUGGCAGUGAAUUACAGAUUUUAGAUGCCAGUUUUAAUGAAUUGAGAUCCAUAACGGAAUCUUGGGGUAUCUCAAGAUUGAGACGUUUACAACAACUUAAUCUGCAGCAUAAUAACAUCUCGGAGUUGUCUGGUGAAGCCUUGGCGGGUUUGUCCUCUUUGCGUAUUGUUAAUUUAAGCAAUAACCAUUUAGAGACCUUGCCUGAAGGUUUAUUUGCUGGUUCCAAGGAAUUACGUGAAAUCCAUUUAAAAAAUAAUGAGCUAUAUGAACUACCCAAAGGAUUAUUUCAUCGUUUAGAGCAAUUGCUGGUGGUGGAUUUGUCAGGCAACCAAUUGACCUCUAAUCACAUAGACAAUACCACUUUUGCUGGCUUGAUAAGGCUGAUAGAAUUGAAUUUGGCCCAUAAUGCCUUAACACGUAUAGACUAUCGCACUUUUAAGGAGUUGUAUUUCCUGCAAAAUCUCAAUCUACGCAACAACUCUAUAGGCCAUAUAGAAGAAAACUCCUUCCUGCCUUUAUAUAAUUUACAUACUCUCAAUCUGGCUGAGAAUCGUCUACAUACUUUGGAUGAUAAACUGUUCAAUGGUUUAUAUAUUUUAUCCAAAUUGACUUUAAACAAUAACUUGAUUAGUGUUAUUGAACCUAAUAUAUUCAAAAAUUGCUCGGAUUUAAAAGAACUUGAUUUGAGCUCUAAUCAAUUGAAUGAGGUGCCCAAAGCUAUACAGGAUCUAUCGAUGUUACGCACCUUGGAUUUGGGUGAAAAUCAAAUACGCACUAUCGAUAAUGAUAGUUUCAAGAAUCUGCAUCAACUAACCGGUUUACGUUUGAUUGACAAUCAAAUCGGCAAUGUCUCAGUGGGCAUGUUUGCUGAUCUUUCCCGUUUAAGUGUUUUAAAUUUGGCCAAGAAUCGUAUACAAAGCAUAGAACGUGGCUCGUUUGAUAAGAAUUAUGAGCUAGAGGCCAUACGUUUGGAUCGUAAUUUCUUAUCGGAUAUUAAUGGUGUGUUUGCUACCUUAAUGUCUUUGCUGUGGUUAAAUCUGUCAGAGAAUCAUUUGGUUUGGUUUGAUUAUGCCUUCAUACCUUCUAAUCUUAAGUGGCUGGAUAUUCAUGGCAAUUAUAUAGAGGCCUUGGGCAAUUAUUACAAACUACAAGAGGAAAUACGUGUUAAAACUUUGGAUGCUAGUCAUAAUCGUAUUACGGAAAUAGGUCCUAUGUCUAUACCCAAUACUAUCGAGCUACUCUUCAUCAAUAACAAUCUCAUUAACACCAUCCAUCCUAAUACAUUUGUGGAUAAAGUGAAUCUGGCCAGAGUUGACUUAUAUGCUAAUGCCAUGUCUAAAUUACAACUACAACAAUUGAGGGUGGCUCCAGUGGGUCCCUUAAAGCAAUUGCCUGAGUUUUACUUGGGAGGCAAUCCUUUUGAGUGUGAUUGCACCAUGGAUUGGCUGCAGCGUAUUAAUAACUUAACUACCCGGCAACAUCCUCGUGUUAUGGAUUUAGCCAAUAUAGAAUGUGUUAUGCCUCAUGCUAGAGGAGCUCCUGUGCGCUCGUUGGGUACUUUGAAACCUCAAGAUUUCCUGUGUCGCUACGAUUCGCAUUGCUUUGCCUUGUGCCACUGCUGUGACUUUGAUGCCUGUGAUUGUGAAAUGACUUGUCCCAACAAUUGCACCUGUUAUCAUGAUCAGAUAUGGUCCACCAAUGUGGUUGACUGUGGUGGCCAACAAACUAUGGAAUUACCCAGAAGAGUACCCAUGGAUUCCAGUGUGGUGUAUUUGGAUGGCAAUAACUUCCCAGUGCUGAAAAAUCAUGCUUUUAUAGGCCGCAAAAACCUGAAAUCUUUGUAUGUUAAUGCCAGUCGUGUGGCCAGUAUACAGAAUAGAACCUUUGCUGGUUUGAUAUCCUUGCAGGUUUUACAUUUAGAAGAUAAUUUAAUGCAAACCUUGCAGGGUUAUGAAUUCGAACAUUUAUCCGCCUUGAAAGAGUUAUAUCUGCACAACAACCUGUUGACCUCUAUAGAAAAUGCCACCUUAGCUCCUUUGCAGUCUUUGGAGGUUUUACGUUUGGAUGGCAAUCGUUUGGUUACUCUGCCCAUUUGGCAAUUACAGCUGCCUCAGUUCAAAGCUUUACGUAACAUUGCUUUGGGUCGCAAUCAUUGGUCGUGUCGUUGUAAAUUUUUGCAAGAACUUACUUCAUAUGUGGCCGACAAUGCUGUCAUUGUGCAAGAUUCCCAGGAUAUCUACUGUAUGGAAGAAACCUCUGGCAUAUAUGCCUCUACUUUGGGUAGUGCUAGUGGUGGUGUGGGCAGUUUAGCCUCCGGCAAUCGUAAACGUGAAUUGGAUUUUAAUGUUACAGCCGCCUGCAGUGAUUAUUAUGCUGGUGGUUCUAUGCUGCAACAUGGCAUACCAAAGACUUACAUUCCUCUGCUGGCUGCAGCCUUAGCUUUAGUUUUCCUGCUUAUAGUGGUCAUUAUUAUCUUUGUUUUCCGUGAGUCUUUACGUAUCUGGCUAUUUGCUCACUAUGGUGUUAGAGUUUUUGGACCACGUUGUGAAGAAUCUGAAAAAUUGUACGAUGCCAUACUGCUACACUCUGCCAAGGAUUCAGAGUUUGUGAGUCAGUAUUUAGUGGCUGAGCUGGAAACCGGAAGACCUCCUUUGCGCAUAUGUUUGCAGCACAGAGAUCUAUCACAUGAUGCUACUCAUUAUCAAAUCUUAGAAGCCUCUAGAGUAUCUCGACGAGUGGUUAUUUUACUUACCAGAAAUUUCCUGCAAACCGAAUGGUCAAGAUGUGAACUGAGAAGGGCCUUACAUGACGCUCUCCGAGGAAGACCUCAAAAACUGGUGGUUAUAGAAGAACCUGAGGCAGUGUUUGAGGCCGAAAAUGAUAUAGAACUUUUGCCUUAUUUGAAGACUUCAGCUGUACAACGCAUAAGACGCAGUGAUCGCCACUUUUGGGAGAAACUGCGCUAUGCUCUGCCUGUUGACUAUCGCACGGGCAACAACUAUACUUUGGAUCAUAACCAUGAACGUAUUAAACAGCCUGCCAGUCCUGGUAUUUUAUAUAGACCUGCCCCACCACCUGCCUAUUGCCCUGAGGGAGAAGGUGAACAAAACUACUCCUCUGCCACUACAGCCACUCCUUCUCCCCGACCCCAAAGAAGAGGAGAACAACACUCCAGUACUUUACAUCAUCCCAGCAAUAGUUCACAUCUACAUCCAAAUGCUGUGCAGCAGGCAGUGCCCCAGUAUUAUCAUCAUCAAGCUGUAACCACAGCGGGUUAUGUGCAAAGGCCUCCCUCAGAGCAUAUAUACUCCAGCAUUGAUUCGGACUACUCAACGCUGGAUAAUGAGCAAAUGUUAAUGAUGCCACCAGCACCACCUUCACCUUCGGCAGUUACUGGUGCUGUGGGCAUAAAUAGUCUGCAUCGCAAUAUACACCCUCACCAGCUGCAACAGCAGCAGCAACACCAACAACAGCAGCAACAUUUAGCAAAUAUGUCGCAAACCUGGCGACCUCAAGCAAAUCAAAAACAACGUGCCCUUAGUGCUAUAGAUCCACAGCUACAACAUCCGGGCGCCGCUCAAACCUUGCAGCCUCAAGCUACAGCCAACCCUAACGGCUCCAGCAGCAGCAGUAGUAGUAGCAACAACCAAACAAUACAGCCUGGUCAACAACAAGGACCACAUGUGCAGGCCUAUUUAGUGUAAUUUUUUCUCUAACUAAACCAACACACAUACAAACACAUUUUAUAGUCAUAGUGCAAAAUAAACAAAAAAAAAAUUAAUAAUAAUUUUUACUAACACAAACAAAAAAAAUACUUUUUUUUAAAGAAAACCCAACAACAACAACAAAAACGUACUGAUUAGAACUGCAAAAAUAAAUUUUAAUAAUAAAUUAAAUAAUUUUUAAAUGUUUGCUUAAGUUUAGUUACCCCAAACAAACAAAUUGUGUAAAUUUUCCUAACAAAAGAGUAUAAAGCAAGAAACGAAGAGCAAAAGAGAGUUAAAAUAUUAAUAAACGACUGAGAGUGUAUGCGUUUUUAUUUUGUAUUUAUAUAUUUAUAAGGACUGGUUCCUGUUUAUUUUUAUAAUAAUUUCCUUAUAAUUUUUAAGUUUAUAUUUAAGUUGUAUUUUUAUUAUUAUUAUUUUUUAUAUUAUUUAGUACGAAAGUGAUAAAACAAAAUUAUAAUUAAUAAAAUGAAUGAAAAAAGUGUAAAUGAAUAACGAUACUGAUGAAAAAUUAUGAAUAAAGAAUAAUAAAAAAAAUUCUGUAAAAGGAAAAUGUAAAUAGUUGAAAAAUUAAACAAAAAUGAAAAUGAGUGUUUAUUUAUUUUUCUGUUGGAAAAAAAGGAGUGCUUGAAGUUUGAAGUUGUUUGUUUGUAUUUUGAGGAUCCUUGUCAAGAAAAAGGUUAGUUGUGCUAGAUUUUUUUCGACUUUUAGCUAUAGAAUUUAUUUGAAAGUUUUUUGAGUUUUUAGAUUUUUAUGUUCUGAUUUAGAUGUUAAUUUUAUGAGCAUUAGUUUAAUUUUAACAAUUUAAAUUAUUUAAUUUUCCUCUGAUUGCUUUGAUCACUUUUUAAAGAAUGUGUUGAAAAAUUUUUUAAGGAAAAAUAGUUUAACAUUGAAAGUUGUAUAAUCUGAUUAAUUUCAUGAUGACAAAAUUAUUUUGGAACCGGUUUCUUGUUAACUUUGCUAGCUUUUUUGUACCCUACACCCCUAUGUAGGGGUGGUAUUACAAGUUACUUUAAAAUAUGAAUUGAGUCGUAUAUUAAUCUAUUCGGAUUCAAUUUCUGUGUCGGUUUAGCUAUGUAUGUCUGUCUGUCUGUCCGUCCGUCUGUCUGUCCCUUCGACUGCUUGUAAUCUAACUACAGAUAUCAGAUAUCUUCUUGAAAAUAUUUAAAAUCGAUUCUUUAUAAAAUUGUUAUUUUUUUAAAUUUUGAAAAUUUUUAUACUUUUUUAAAAUUUUUGUAAAUUUUAUUUAUUUUUAACAAAUUUUGUUCAAAAAUUAGUUCCAUUCCUGAUAUUAGUUGUUAGCUGUGACAGAAUAAAAACAGAACAAUAAAAGCAUGUAGUUUUCAGACGAUAGUUUUCAAAUUAACGUUUAGUUUUCAGACGUUAACUUUUUGUGUAUAAAAAGAAAAUAAAAUGUGUAAUGACAAAAAUUUUUACCCAUAUUACCCAUAUUAUUUAUUAUUUACCCAUAUUAUCAUUAUUUAUGGACCAAUUUUACUGAUUUUAAAUUCUAUAAAUAAACAGACUGACGGACGGGUAUAACUUAAUCUACUCCCCUGUAUGUAUACAAAUUCUCACUCAUAAAUGUAAAGCGAGUCAUUCAUGAAUAUGAGGAAUAUUAUAAAUGCUGACAUAAAAAAAACAUAUAACUGCUGUAGGGUUUCAUAUAGUCGACUAUAUCCGACUACUCUUUUUUACAAGUUUUCCUUUUUCUAAUAAUAUUAAAAGGGAAAUUCCAUAGAUUAGUUCAUCUAGAAAACCAUAUUCAAAUAAUUUUUGAAAAAAAGCGUCUCACAAACCAACUUUGAAAGAAGAUUCGUAAAUAUUUGCAGAUUUAGUUUCUUAUAUGUAUUAAUGGUAUAAAAAGCAUCUAACUGCUGUAGGGUUUCAUAUGUUCCAACCAGUUUUCUUUUUUUUUUUUUUUUUGAUAUCGUUAAAAAGGAAAUUCUAUAGAUUAGUUCAUCUAGGAAACACUAUUCACAUAAUUUUUGAAAAAAGCGUCUCACAAACCAACUUUCGAGAAAUAUUCGCAAAUAUUCGUUGAGCAGGUUUCUUAUAUAUAGGAAUGGUAUAAAAAUCAUAUAACUGCUGUAGAGUUGUAUAUAUUCGACCAUGUCCAACUAUACUUCUUUAUCAGUUUUCUUUUUUCAUGUAGGAAACAUUACUCAAAUAAUUUUUGAAAAAAACAUCUCACAAGUUAACUUUGGAAAAAGAUUCGCAAAUAUUCACAGAGCUGGUUUAAUAUAUGUUUAAAAUGCUAUCAUGGUGGACCAUAUUCGACUGUUCUUACUUACUAGUUUUCGUUUUUAAUACCGUUUAGAAAAAAAUUUCAUACUUCAUCUAAUAAACACUACUUAAAAAGAAUCAUCUCAUAAACGAACUUUAGAAAAAGGUUCGCAAAUAUUCACAGAACUUAUCUCAUAUACAUACGAUUUUAUGCAAAUAUAUAUUCCCAGAAAAUAUGCUUGAAUUUUAUUCAAGCAACUCUUUUGUGUAUUAGUUUAUGAACAAUAAUGCCUCACAUAGAAAUAGUAAAUACGAAUGUUUAUCAAUUCAAAUAAAUUAUUCGCGAGUAAACUUUUUUUACAAUCUAUUAUAAUUAAUGUUUCCCCACUAGAUUACUAUAGCAUCGACUGACUACAUUUGUGCAUUACAAAGACUACUAAGGAUCAAACGAUGCAAAACUUGAAAAUUUAAAGCAACUUCAGAUAUUUGCAACAGUUGGAUAAGUGUUCGCGAAUGUGAACAGUUGUUUAAAGUUAAUUUUAUAAUGUGAGAAUAAGAAUCUACAGUUUUAGAUAACACAUUUCAACACAUUUUUAAACCGGAAACCAAAGUAUACUUUUCUAAAGGAUUGAGAUGCGUUGAAUAGGUUUUCGAGAUAUCGUGUCCAUUAAAUCGAAAAAAACAUUAUUUUAAAUACGACAGAUUGGUCUCUCAUAUAACACAACAAUUUUUUUUUUUUGAAAUAAAGUUCUUUUGGUGCUCUUUUUCCAAUCUUUAUGACACGAUAUCUACAAAAUCUGAUGUGAUACAGAAAUUUUGAGUCAGCGCUGCUAAAAGUAUAUUUUAGUCUCUGGGUUUCGACAUGAAAUUAAUUGAAUAAUUUAAGCACUUCUAAAAAAGACAAUAUAAAUCUAUUUUCAACUCUCCGUAAGAACUAGUUCCUCUCAAAUUAGUUCGGAAUGACUUUGUAUAUGAAUACGGAAGAUAUAGUUUUAAGUACCUAUGGAGUACCUUGUAGAUUUUUUUUAAAUUGUUUCAACAUUUUUAUCCUUUUUACUUACUACGAAAACUGUGAAGUCGAUACUGUGAACUCUUCCUUCCAUAGGCUCGCAGAGAAAACAGUAUUUUUAUGACAAUGAAAUAUAUUGGUUAAACAAUUCAACUAUGUAGUUGCCACAACCAAAUUUUGGAUAGCUGUGGAUUCAGUAAUGGCAACAUGGAAAGAAUUUCCAAAAAAAAAGUCACAAAUCUUCAAGGAUAUAUAUAUUAUUGUUAUAAUUUCUAAGGCGAUCUAGACAUGUAUGUUCAUCCAUCUAUCUUUUUGUCUGUCUGUCUUUCUGUCUAUCUGUCUAUCAUUCAGCCUGUUUGUCUAUCAUUCAGUCUUUCUUUCUAUGUUCAUCCGUCAGUCCAUCCAUCUGUUUGUCUGCCUGCCAGCCGCACUGUCCGUCUGUCUGUCUGUCUGUCUGUCUGUCCG